CGGAGUCCUCAAAUGAUCCUCCAUCUCCCUACGAUCUCCAACGCAUCAAGGUUGUUGUUUAUCCUUAUCAUAUGGUUUAUAUAAAACACCCCCCGAAAAAGUUCCCUUCCUUCAUUCCUCUGCAGUGCAGUCAACUCUCUGAAAAAGUCAAAGCUGGUUCUUUGACUUGAUAUAUAUACUUCGCUUUACGCUUCACGUACUCGAACCCUCGAAAAUCCGACAACGACGAAAAUGAUGAUCCCACUCUCCCACUUCCUCCUCCUGAUAGCCUCCCCAGCACUUAUCACUUUGGGACGUGCUUCUCCCGUUCCUACCUCCUCCUCUUCCACCACCUCCACCUCUUCACUCGUUAACCCAACCCCAAGUACUACUAUUACUACGUCGUCGUUGGGUUCCUAUGCAGUCAACGCUACUGCUACUGCUUACGACGACCCCUCCGAAGCACCUCUUUCGCCUUCACUCCCGCGGCGUUCGAUCAUCAACCUCCCCCGAUGGCCCUCCAGACCCGAUGUCCUCCGAUCCACAAUGGGGAAACUCACAAACGAGAAGAAUUAUGUGUUGCUGGGGUUUAGUUAUACUGGACAGCUCGCCGGAAGUCAAAACGACAAAACUCUCUUCCCGCUCGACAAACUCCAUCUCCCCGGUCUUACCCCAAGUCAACCCGGAGAGGGAGAAGGGGAUCUGAUGUUAUUGCAGGAACCUAGUAUCCAGGAUUCGAAGGGAAUUUAUUGGAAAUGUUUCGUCGUCGCCUCCCGCCAAGCAUGGACCGCCGCCCUCCCCCAGCUCAAAUCCAGCCUCACUUAUUCCAGACCGCAAUUCCCCGCCACAACCCACGGUGUGAAUCUCAAUCUCGAUGUGAUGCGGAUCCCGAAAUCGGUCUGGGAAACCCGCGGGAGGGAGCUGGGGAUUAGUUCGAUGUGUGUUAAUCCGAGAGGCAAAGAAGUCGCCACUCUCAUGAUCCACAAAGACAUGUUCGCGGAUUACAAGAUGUUGACCAAACCCGCGCAGUGGCAGAAGUAGAAUAGGGUUAAGUAGGGUGAGGAGGGGUGAUUCAGUGAUUCAGUGAUUGUGAAGGUGUAGUGUAGUGUAGUCCAGUGGGUUUGUAUCGCAGAACAAGAAUACGAUUGAUAAUUGGCACAAAUGGCUGAAAUCAACU